AUGUCGUGUUACUCGGACAGAGUCGGUAGCGGGAGGACGGAGGCUGCGAUCAAUAGGGCUCCCGCCGCCGCGCGCCGACGAAAGCGAACGCUGCGAGACCGACCUCACUGCCCUUCGCCGGUGUCGACGAACCCUGCAUCCCUCCUCCCCCUCUACAAACCCCUCCCUCCCCCGCCUCCGAUUAGCCCUUCAUACUUCCUCCAGUCAAAUUCG